CUCCUUCUCCCUCUUCGCAUUGUUGUUCCCGCGACGAAGCUCUGGUUCUCCUUUCCCGCGCCGUCCCAGAACCAGACUGCGCUCCUCCGUGCGUCCAUCGCUCGGCUCUCGUCUCGCCGGCUCCAGCCCUGUGCCUGCCGUGAACAGCCCGCCCGGCGGCCUCACCUGCACACCCAGCGAGCCAGACCGACACAGCGCGUCCGCUCCCUGCCACGGCCACUCACAAUCGCCCGCCCUCAAAACACCAACUCCAAACACCCAACUCCAUCCAACGACCCGUCCAACCCGCAUCGAUCCCUCCCCGCCACGCGUCUCAAUCAUCCACCUCGCGCCUUGUCGCCCUCUGUUGUCAACCAUUUCCGUCCUUUUCGCUUCAUUCGCGCCAGAACCCCACCUCCUUGGCCUGCUAGGAGACGAUGUACAAUUCGCAUCGUCCCCCGAUCGGCGUGCCAGCGCCACCGCCCAAUGCACGCUUGACUGAGCUGCUCGACCAGGUGCGCGCUGAGUUUGAGGGCCAGGCGACGCGCACCGUCGAAUAUGAACAGCAACUGAACAACCAAGUCCACGAAAUGGAACUCGUUCGUCGCAAAAUUUACGAAUUAGAGCAGGCACAAAUUCAGAUCAAGCAGAAGUAUGAGGAAGAGAAUCUGCGACUACGACAAGAGCUUGAAGCACGCGGCGGGCCCCCCAUCGCUGGUCCUACACAGGGCCACCCUAGUCACCCACCUCCUCCGUCCGUCGGUCACGGACCGAACAAUCUCUUUGGUCAGAUCAUGACCGGCGGCGGCGGUCAAGGAGGGCCAGGCCUGGCACCUCCUCCACCUGAGCCAUCUCAGCCUCAAGGUCUUGGUGCUCACAUUGCUCAAGGUCCUCCAGCUGGUGUCAAUCCUACCGGUGCUCCUCCAGGCCCACCAAGCUUCGGCGGCUAUGGCGGUCCAUCAAACGGUAUGCGUCCCUACUGAACAUGAACUGUUUUGUUUGCCGGCAAGAUAUGUCCCUGUCCAAGCUACGACGGGGCGUUGGAUACCGGUACCCCUUAUUUGACACUGUAUCGUGGCUCUAGAGUUUGCGCGGCUCCGUACGAACAUGAACUGCGACAGCGUUCGCACGAAGGACGUCUUUUGUCCUGGCCAUGUCCGCUUUCAAUCUCACCAAUCUUCGAAGGGCUAUCCUCCCCAAGCUCCCCAGCCCACUCAGUCUCCUGGUCCCGGCCGAGGUAAAGGAAGGGGCCCUCCAGGUGGCCCUGCAACACCACAGCAGAACACAGCUGCUCCCUACCCGGGUUCGCCUCAGGUGCCUCGGCCCACUCCUCCUCAGGUUUUGGCCAACCGCAUCACUUUGCAGGCUCAGUCUGCUCCGAACGUGGGCAAUAGUUUGGCCGAGCUUGACCCAGAGCAGAUGCCCAGUCAUCUCAAGCGUGAAGGCCCGGAUUGGUAUGUUGUGUACAAUCCAAACGUGAGGAGAGUUCUCGACGUCGAACUUGUGCACAACUUUGUCCACAGCAGUGUGGUUUGCUGUGUACGCUUCAGCCAUGACGGUCGUUAUGUCGCGACUGGCUGCAACCGCACCGCGCAGAUUUACGAUGUUGAAUCGGGUCGGAUAAUAGCUGUGCUUCAAGACUCUGGUCCAAGUGAGGAAGGUGACCUUUACAUUCGCAGCGUUUGUUUCAGUCCCGAUGCCAAGUACCUCGCCACGGGUGCGGAGGAUAAGGUCAUCAGAGUUUGGGACAUUCAGACUCGCACGAUCAAAACAUCGUUUACGGGGCAUGAGCAGGACAUCUAUUCUCUCGAUUAUUCCCGCAAUGGACGCUUCAUCGCCUCCGGAAGCGGAGACCGUACCGUCCGUCUUUGGGAUCUCGAGACUGGCAAACAAAUCAUGUCUUUGCUAAUUGAUGACGGUGUUACGACGGUGGCGAUCUCUCCAGACAACCGCUUCGUCGCGGCUGGCUCUCUCGACAAGAGUGUUCGCGUGUGGGAAACUAGCAAUGGCUACCUUGUGGAACGCCUUGACGGCGAGGUAGGUCACAAGGACAGCGUAUACAGCGUGGCCUUUGCGCCAAACGGCCGAGACCUUGUUAGCGGCUCGCUGGACAAGACGAUCAAAAUGUGGGAGCUAAAUACGGCCUCAAGAGGUGUGAUGCCGGGACAAGCACCCCGUGGUGGCAAAUGCAUCAGAACCUUUGACGGCCAUAAAGAUUUUGUUCUCAGCGUUGCUCUCACUCCUGAUGGUCAGUGGGUGCUCAGCGGGUCCAAAGAUCGUGGCGUGCAGUUCUGGGAUCCUACCACCGGCAGCGCACAGUUAAUGCUUCAAGGCCACAAGAACUCAGUGAUUUCUGUCGCACCCAGUCCCACCGGAAAGCUAUUUGCUACUGGAAGUGGCGAUUUGAGAGCCCGUAUUUGGAAGUACGAACCUUACGUUGGACCAUACUAGGCAUUUGGGCUUUCUGCGGGCACAGGCUGUCACUAGAUUCGUCGAAUCCGUGGUCGGCGCAGUACUUUGAGGCAAACCUGCAAUGCCGAUCCCACUGUAUGCCAUGCGAGUCUAACAGCAAUCGCAACGAAAAUUUCUUUUUUCCCCGUUCCUCUUUGAACAAAUUUGUAAGGCCAGUGCAGGUGUACGGGUGAUUGAUUCAGUUUGGAAUGAAAGAGUUCUUGAAAACGGUGUAAGGUAUUCUUGCGAUGCACUGUUACGAAAAGCGGUGGGUUUGCAAGGAUAAAAUGGCGGUGGACAGGAAGGUCUCUCAUGCUGCUGCUGUUGCGGCAGCAGUAGCAGAAAAUGUGGAUACCUUAGGUAUGCUCUCCUAAAUGCUACAAAGUUGCCAUUCAUGCUGGUGUUGCAGCCAUUGUACUUAGUGUUCAUGGCGUGGUUGGAUACGGUCACUUCGACAGGUUUCUCUCAACGGACCAUGUAAUUCCCGUUGUUCAAAGUAUCCUGGGUUGCUUUUUCGGUUUGGGAAUUACGUCUUUACGGGGGCGGGUCCUCGAAUUCAGGUCGAGAACAGGUGCUGAGGACUAUUGGCGAAGAGGAAGCGCAAUGCAAUCAAUCGUUUAUG